GUGCUUCCACUGCUCUCGAGCCUUGCCCACUCACCCACCCCUGAAAGUGCAAAUACCGGUACUAGCUAGUACCUGGACCCGGUACUGGUACGUGAUGUAAAGGUUGAUGACGAUGUGGACGCUCCAGCAAACAAAUUUCAUUCACUGGUUUGAGCCAUUCCCGGUCUGAGAAAGUGCAACGUCACAACGUCACAGAAGCAAAGAUACCCUCGACGUCGUCCGCCCCUUGACGUCCAAGAAUGAUUUGGUUGCGUUUUGUUGAUGGCUCCGCUGUUGCAGCCAUCAACAUAAAAGAUUCCGUGGCACUCCUGUAAUCGUUGGUGUAGGCACCAAAGAAUAGAAUCAUUCCAACACACCAUCUUCUCACAAUCUCUGUGUGUCCAAGGAAAAAUAGAAUACAAAUAAUUUUCCAAGAUGAAGUUUGCUAUCUCCCUGUUGAAAAUUGCUGCCUUGGCGACGACGGUGUCGGCUUUCACCUCCCAAAACUCUUUUUUGGGCAGGGCGGUGAGGCCUGCCGUGAGCACCCCAGCUCGUUCGUCCUCCAACUCUGAACUCUGCAUGAAAUACACGUUGGUGUUGGUUCGUCACGGAGAAUCCACUUGGAACAACGAAAAUAAAUUCACUGGCUGGUAUGACUGUCCUCUUUCCGAGAAGGGAGAGGGAGAAGCCCGAGAGGGUGGACGCCUCUUGAAGGAACAAGGGUUCACUUUUGACAAAGCCUACACUUCCACUUUGAAGCGUGCCAUCAAGACCCUUUGGUUGUGCUUGGAAGAAUUGGAUUUGAUGUACAUUCCUAUUAUCAACAACUGGAGGUUGAAUGAACGCCACUAUGGGGGACUCCAGGGACUCAACAAACAGGAAACCGUGGAUAAACAUGGAAAGGACCAAGUCUUGAUCUGGAGACGUUCCUACGAUAUUCCCCCUCCUCCUUGUGAGGAAAGCUCGGUGCACUACCCUGGAAAUGAUCCAAUGUACAGACUGGUAGCUAAUGAAGAUCUUCCUUUCACCGAAUCAUUGAAAAUGACUGAAGAGCGUUUCUUGGUCGAGUGGAGCGCUAUUUUGGCUCCUGAAAUCUUGCACGGUGAAAAGCUUUUGAUCGCUGCGCACGGAAACACCCUUCGCGCCCUGGUGAAGCACUUGGAUGACAUUAGCGCCGACGAAAUUUGUGAAUUGAACAUUCCUACUGGUGUUCCUCUGGUCUACGAACUGGACGAAAACUUGAAGCCUAUCCCACACCCAGAUGCUAUUGCUCCUCUCAAGGGACGUUACCUUGGCAACCAAGCCGCUAUCAAGGAACGAAUUGGAGCCGUGGCAGCCCAGACCAAAUAGAGUGCAUCAAUCCGAGCCUUUAGGCUGGUGGCAGUUGGCAGUUCACCCAAAGUCAAUAGGGCUCAAAAUACGUAGCAGUAACUGGAGCUAACUACUUCUCGAGCCGUUUCAACAAUACCUCUACU